AACGUUAAAUCACAUCAUUUCACAAUUCAGAGUUAAAGCUAAUUCACUAUACAACUUUGCUUCAGUCGACACUCUACACUUCUCCUUUUUCUCUAGAUUUGAAGAAAUGACUAAAGAUGAAGACUUUAAGCUACUCAAGAUUCAGACUUGUGUGCUCAGAGUAAACAUACAUUGUGAUGGUUGCAAGCAGAAAGUGAAGAAGCUCCUUCAGAGAAUUGAAGGUGUUUACCAAAUAAACAUUGACUCUGAGCAGCAAAAAGUGACUGUUUCUGGUAGUGUUGAUUCUGGAACUUUGAUUAAAAAAUUAGUUAAGGCUGGUAAGCAUGCUGAGCUUUGGUCUCAGAAUUAUACUAAUCAAAGUCAGAAACAACAAAACCCCAACUGCAUCAAAGAUAACAACAACAAGAACAAAAAUCAAAAGCAACAAGGUAUAAUCAAGAACCAGCAAAAGUUCAAUCUUGUGCCAGAGGAAAUCGAUUAUCUCGAUGAGGAUGAUGAUGAUGAGGAUGAUGAUGGUUAUCCUGAGGAAGAGAUGAGGUUUGUGAGAGAUGGAACAAGACAAAUGGCUCUUCUUAGACAACAAGCAGAAGCAAACAACAAUGCAAAGAAAGCUAUGGCAGCUGCUAUGGUCAAUGGUAAAGUAAACAACAACAAUGUUGCUUCCAAUGGCAAGAAAACAGGUCCUAUUCAGAAUAUGACAAUGAAGGCAAAUCCUGGAAGUGGUGGCAUUGACCAAAGAACAUUGGCUGCAAUGAAACUGAACAUGAACAUAAACAAUGCUGCUUCUGCUGCUGCUCACUUAGGUGCAAAUGCCAAUCUUGGUGAGGCUGCGAAAAUGGGAAUGGUGGGAGGAAAUGACAUAAAUGCAAUGAUGAAUCUUGCUGGUUUUCAUGGAAAUAACAACAAUGGUACUACUACUACUAAUAAUAACGCCAACAUUGCUGCAAUGUUGAACGGUGGAGGAGGAUUUCAAGUUCACCCAAACAAUGCUAUACCGGGAUCUUUAGCCACCGGUGGUCAUCAUCAUCCAUCAACUGCCUCAAUGCUAAUGAACAUGAACAGUGGAGGUCAACAACAUCAGUACAAUCCAUCACAAAUGCUAAUGAAUUUUCCUAACAGGCAUGCUAUGCAACAUCAACAACAACAACAACAACAACCUGAAGUGAUGUACAAUCGGUCUCCGUUCAUUCCUCCAGCUACUGGUUAUUACUAUAACAAUAGUAAUUAUGGUCAAGUCCCAUACACUUCCUAUGCUGAUCCUUAUUAUUACACAUCUGCUGCUGCUGCUGCUGCUGAUCAAUCUGCCACUAAUACUCAUAUGUUUAGUGAUGAGAAUCCUAGUAGUUGUUCCAUUAUGUGAGUGCGGUUUUAGUGUGUAUUUUGUAAUGUGGGAAUUGAAGUAAUGGUCUGAGGAUGAGGAGUAUUUUAGGUCCUCAAUCUUGUUCUAUUUAACAUCAGAAGAUAUAUGAUGUUUAAUAUGUAUUUUCUUGCUAAUGCUACAAUUUACAUUGUUGUAUAA